AUGGCCAUCAAAGUCUCUCAGAUACAACGCAUUGAUCGCUCCGACAAGGAAGCGAUCAUUGAAGCAAUCAUCCGAGAUGGCUGUUGUAUCAUCCAGAAUUUCACCGACAUCGCGACCGUACAGAAGGUGAAUGCCGAAGUGCAGCCCUAUCUCGAGGCGGAUAAACCAUGGAAGGGCGACCUCUUCCCCCCGGAAACCCGCCGCUGCUCCAACCUGGCCGGCCGCAGCCCAACCGCGCGCGAAUCACUCCUUAUCGACCCGCUCGUCCGCGCCCUAACCGCGACCUUCAUCGACAAAACCACCUCCAACUUCUACGGCUCGACCAAACACACCUACACCAGCGAAGCCGUGUGCUCCAUCGCCAUGACCUUUGACAUCGGGCCGGGGGCGCAAGCGCAGCGCCUGCACCGCGACGACAAGAACUUCCACGUCGACCACACCGACCAGACCGCCACGGGCUACCGCAUCGGCUCGGACGUGAUGAUGGCCUUCAUGGUCCCCGGGCUGGCCACCACCGUCGCCAACGGGGCCACCCUCGCCAUCCCCGGCAGUCACCUCUGGAACUCCGACCGCGCGCCCCGGCUGCACGAGGCCAUCGCCGCCGAGCUGGACGUCACGGACUGCUGGGUCAUGCUGGGCGGGCUGUACCAUGCAGGCGGCGCGAAUGUGACAGCGGCAGACCGCCGCGUCGUGCACGGGAUGUUCUUCUCGCGCGGGUACCUGCGCCAGGAGGAGAACGUCUACCUGGCGAAUGCGCCGGAGGAGGUGCUGGCGUGGUCGCCGGCGGCGCAGAAGGUCAUGGGGUAUGGGUUGUCGAGUCCGAAUCUUGGGUUCGUGGGGUUCCAGACGCCGUUGCAGUAUUUAAGGGGGGAGGUGUCGGAAUCGUUUGGUGAUUUUGACCCGUCUCAGGAGGAGGGGAAGGGGAUGAAGUAG